AUGCUAGAAGCCCUCCUCAUCACCCUCAUCGCCUUCCUCUUCCUCCUCUUCCUCGUGCUGCUCUUUUUCUUCGUCCUGCUCUCCACCACGCUCACACGGCUGCCGUGGCAGCUGGAUUACCGGCGGCUGCCACCGGUGUGUUAUGGUGGUGACUAUGACCAUGGUACGCGGGGGAAGAAGGAAUGCUGUGGGGGCGGAGCUGGGGCUGGGGGUGGUGGUGGGGGGGAUGUUGAUGUGGUUAAUGGCCAAAGCAAAUUAGUUUCAUAUCAAUAG